AAUGACGGAUUCGCAGUCCAAUUCAGAGAUUUUCAGUGUUCGGAUUGUCUCCAUCGACUAUUACAUGGCUCCGCCGAUCCAAGGCGCCGAUAUCUGUUACAGCAGCUUCCACGGGGGAAAAGUGAAGGAGGUUCCUGUAAUAAGAGUGUAUGGUUCUACUCCUUCAGGCCAGAAGACUUGCUUGCACAUUCACCGAGCCUUGCCUUAUAUGUAUGUGCCAUGUUCGGAUAUACCACUUCAACCAGACCAAGAAGGUGAUGCAUACACGAAUAAGGUUGCUGCUUCUCUCGAGAAAGCCUUGCAGCUUAAAGGCAGUGCUGGUUCAACAAGGCAGCAUGUGCAUGGCUGCAGCCUUGUACGAGCAAGAAGAUUCUAUGGUUACCACUCGUUUGAGGAGUUAUUUGUUAAGAUAUACCUAUAUUAUCCGCAAGAUGUCUCCCGUGCUGCUAAUCUUCUCUUGGCUGGUGCUGUUCUUGACAAAUGUUUACAACCUCAUGAAUCACAUAUUCCCUAUAUUCUUCAGUUUCUGGUUGAUUACAACUUGUAUGGCAUGGGUCAUUUGCACCUAACAAAGAUGAAAUUUCGCCAUCCUGUACCAGACUCUUCUCACAAGAAAUCAAGUAUUUAUAGCGAGCACAUAAUGGCAGACUCAGGUGCUGAUGUAUGUUUGGAGUCAAAGAUGUGGAUAUCUUCCACUGUCCCAUCUGAUUGGAUGUGGUCACCUGCCGAUGACUUUGGUGCUUCAUCAAACAAUAAGCCUUACUGCCCUAAAAGGCAAAGCACAUCUGAGCUUGAAGGAGAUGCUUCUGUAGAUGAGAUUCUUAAUCAGCAAUUUAUAAUGUAUUCAUCUCUCUCACAAACAUGCUCGGAUGUGAAAAUGGUUCAAUCACUUGUACCUAUAUGGGAGGAACAGCAGAAAAGGACUGGAGUUAAUGAGGCUACUAUGCCUCCUGAUCCUGGAAAACCACUUCCAGAAGAUGUUAUGAAGCUUCUUUCUGCUGGUAUUGACUUUGAGAAAAGACUUAUUGAAUUGUGUAACAUAGCUGGAACCACUGUGUCUUUAACUCCUUCUCAGAAAGAAUUAAGAGAAACAGACAUAAUAGGCUCAGCAUCACCACCAUGUUCAUUAAAUGAUGCCAAAAUACACGAAGAUGGGGGUGAUAACAGCUUCAGUUUGUUGCCUGUGGACAAAAUGCAUUCAUCUGAAAUAAUUGGAUCGUCGGACAUAAAGGCUGCAGAAAGGGAAGCCCAACAUCUUCUCAAGUGGCUUGCAACUUCUCAAGCUGCAGAAGAUAUUAACUCUGAUGAUGAACUUGUUUGUGAAAUGAUGCUGAGUCCCCAGCUACCAGAUGCAACGAUUGAUAAACUGCUGGAGAAAGUUAAUAUGCAAUAUGAGAGUGAGUCGCAAAAGGAAUGUCAGGAUAUUCUAGAUUCAGUUGAUGAUAUGCUUGAGUUGAAGUUUUCUAAGCAAAAGCCUUCUUGUUCAAUUGAUCAUGGUGAUCCUAUUGAAGUGUCAACUGAGAGUAUAAUACCCCAAGUUGAUGGUUCAGCUGAUGAUGAAUAUUCAAUUCCAUGUGCUAGUUUGGCUGAAACCUCUUCUGCAGCAGAGAGAAAUAGUGAAUCCAGAAGGCUGUCUGAGUACCAUGUCAUGCACAGCACUGAUACAGCCGUAGUUAGUAAAGAUAAGAGGAGUAAGCAAUGGGGGUCUUUGCCUUUUUCAGUGGCUGAUAAGGUUAACUGCAAAGGAGAACAAGCUAUAAUGCAAGUGACUUGCCCAUUUGAAAGUCAAAGUGGAGAUUCUACUGAUUCUGAUAAUGGGGUUAGAAAGAGUGCUCGUAUUACAAGAAAUGUGGGCAGAACUGUUUCAGAAUCAAAACAACAGAGAUUUGUUAACUGCUCUUUGCGGGACUUGAUGAGGCGGAAGCGAUCCUUUCGAGUUGAACAAACUGAAUGCGAUUCUGGGACAACUAAAAAGCUUGUUUUGGACAGGCAUGAGGGAUCAAAUAUCUGCCUUUGGAAAAAACGAAUGGAUUUGAGCACAAUUCAAACCAACGAGGAAGAAACAAAACUCCUGAAAAAUUGUGAUCUUAAACUGAGCAAUCAUGAUAAUUUAGUGAGUCGGAAACUGCCACUUCCAGAUGGUAAGGAUAGUUUCUUACAGGAUGAUAUGCAAAGCGAUGAAUGUUUUUCUGAAAAUGAAAUGGAGGCUCCAGAAGCAAGUGAUCUGUUAAGGACUUCUGGAAAUCAAGGUUCUUUAGUGUAUAUGCCAAAUCCCUUUCCAGAUGUUCAGUUAAUGCGAACAGAUACCGAUUAUAAAAUCAUAACUCCUGAGAGGUGUCAACAAACUUAUUCUGCAUCUUCAAGCAGUGUACAGAACUCAUCCAUUGAUAAUAAAGUGUCAUGCAAGCCUAAUUGCACGAAUCAAGAUUCUCAUGGCAGCAUAUCUUUUGCACAAGAAAGCCAAAUUCCAGCAAUUUACACACGAGUGUUGCUUAAUGAGAGAGUUGAUAAUAAAAAACAUGGUGUAAAUUUACUGGGUGAGAAGACUAUUGUCUCAGAGUCUAUUGAUGAUGACUUGAAGGAUAAACACAUGGAAUUAACUGAAGUAAGUGCAGCUAAGGAAACCUGCUCAACUGACAAGAAUCUUGAAAAUCUUUUACCCUUGCCAACCAUGCCUGAUUCCCAUUUACAUUUGGAUGAGGAAAGCUGUGAUGAAAUGUCAGGGAAUGCUCUGGAUGUUUUUCUUCCCAUUUCCACAAAGGAUUCCCAGAAAGAGAUGAAGACUUGGAAUAAAUAUGUUGCAAUCAAAGCUCCUCGAUCUCAUGGGAAAAAGGAUGUUGCUAUCCACUAUCAAAAUGAUGGCUCUCACGUAUACGUGCUUACACCUAAUAUUUUGCCUCCGUCUGUAACCAGUGUGCAGAGAUGGCUAUCUCUAGAUGAGAGAGAUCACACAAGUCAAGAAACUGAAGUAGAGGCCAAGGAUGUGCCUGAACACACUUCUGGACCUACUCUCCAGCCUAAGCUUUAUGAUGAUAGUAGUGCAGAAAAGAAACCAGUCAAACCAUCAUGCAUUAAUGAAGGACAAACAGAAAGAGUGAAGGCAAGUGCAGAUGGUUCACAGGAUAAUUCACAGAUAUCAGGCCCUAUGAGGAAAUCAAAUUCUACCCCUCUGAGUCAAAUUGGCUUUCGAGACCCUUCAAGUGUUGGAUGUGGACAGCAAUUGACAUUACUCAGUAUAGAGGUCCUUGCUGAAUCAAGAGCAGACCUUUUACCUGACCCUCAGUUUGAUGCUAUCAACAUUGUAGCUCUUGGUUUUCAGAAUGAUUGUGAUUCUAUUAUUGAAGUUCUUGUUCUUUUGCAUAAUAAAUUUGAACCUUGUCAGAGAAGUUUUGAUGGCUUAGUAGGCUGCAAAGUGUUGGUCUUUUCUGAUGAAAAGCACUUGUUAAAGGAAUUUAUAAAUAUUGUCUCUUCAUCUGACCCUGAUAUUUUGAUGGGCUGGGAUAUUCAAGGGUAUUCUCUUGGUUUCCUGGCAGAAAGGGCUUCACGAUUUGGUUUAGGAUUACUUAACAGUUUGUCACGAACUCCAUCUGAUUCAUCGGUUGCUUCUGAAGAUGUGAAAAUUUCCGGAAAAGGUAUCUUGGAAUUUGACGAUCCUGAUACUCCUAGUAUAGAUUGUUGUGUACAAGGAAGUUCAAUAAUUGAGGAUGAAUGGGGACGGACACAUGCAAGUGGAGUUCAUGUAGGUGGCAGAAUUGUCCUUAAUGUAUGGCGGCUGAUCCGCGGAGAAGUUAAGCUGAACUUAUAUUCGAUUGAAGCUGUAGCUGAAGCUGUAUUGAGGCGGAAAAUUCCAUUCUUUCACAACAAGGUGCUGACAAGAUGGUUUUCAAGUGGUCCUGGACGAGCAAGAUAUCGGUGUAUCAAAUAUGUUGUAGAAAGAACAAAGCUGAACCUUGAGAUCUUAAACCAACUUGAUAUGGUGAAUCGGACAUCAGAACUUGCUCGUGUCUUUGGCAUAGACUUUUUUUCUGUUCUAUCACGUGGUUCACAAUAUCGGGUUGAAUCCAUGUUAUUGAGGUUGGCCCAUACACAAAACUAUCUUGCUAUCUCACCUGGAAAUCAACAGGUUGCUUCUCAACCUGCCAUGGAGUGCCUGCCUCUAGUGAUGGAACCCGAGUCAGGAUUUUAUUCUGAUCCUGUUGUUGUAUUUGACUUUCAAUCUUUAUAUCCAUCUAUGAUAAUUGCAUACAACCUUUGCUUUUGUACGUGUCUUGGCAAAGUUGUAGCUUCGAAGGCUAACACGCUUGGGGUCAGUUCAUUUUCGCCAGAGCAACAUGUUCUUCAGUAUUUGAAAGAUCAAAUUUUGCUCACUCCAAAUGGUGUUAUGUUUGUACCUUCCAAGGUUCGCAGAGGUGUGCUUCCCCGCUUAUUGGAAGAGAUCUUGUCAACCAGAAUAAUGGUGAAACAAGCAAUUAAAAAGUUGGCUCCCUCAGAGCAAGUGCUUCAGCGGAUAUUUAAUGCAAGGCAGCUGGCAUUGAAACUCAUAUCCAAUGUAACAUAUGGUUACACUGCUGCUGGAUUUAGUGGUCGCAUGCCUUGUGCAGAACUUGCAGACAGUAUUGUUCAAUGUGGCCGUAGUACACUGGAGAGGGCGAUCUCAUUUGUAAAUCUACAUGAAAAGUGGAAUGCUAGAGUUAUUUACGGAGAUACUGAUAGUAUGUUUGUCCUCCUUAAAGGACGCACUAUCAAAGAAUCUUUCCAAAUUGGGAGUGAGAUUGCUUCUGCUAUCACUGCUAUGAAUCCUAGUCCUGUUACCCUGAAGAUGGAGAAAGUUUAUCAACCUUGUUUCCUCCUGACAAAGAAGCGAUAUGUUGGCUACAGUUAUGAAAGCCCUGAACAAAUUGAACCUGUUUUUGAUGCUAAAGGUAUUGAGACAAUCCGCAGGGACACGUGUGGUGCAGUUGCAAAGAUAAUGGAACAGUCUUUGAGAUUAUUUUUUCAGCAUCAGGAUUUAUUGGAGGUCAAAUGUUACUUGCAACGUCAGUGGAAGAGGAUACUUUCUGGAAGAUUCUCCCUGAAAGAUUUCGUCUUUGCAAAGGAGGUUCGUCUGGGUACCUACAGUGGAAGGAUCUCUUCACUUCCUCCUGCUGCAAUUGUGGCCACUAAGGCAAUGAGAUCUGAUCGUAGGGCAGAACCACGAUAUGCUGAGAGAAUACCUUAUGUUGUAAUCCACGGUGAGCCUGGAGCCCGCCUGUCUGAUAUGGUUGUGGAUCCAUUGGAAGUCUUGGCAAUUGAUUCUCCAUUUAGAAUAAAUGAUUUAUAUUACAUUAACAAGCAAAUAAUACCAGCCUUGCAGCGUGUCUUUAGCCUUGUUGGCGCUGACCUGAUCCAGUGGUUUUUAGAGAUGCCCCGCCCCGUAAGGGAAGCAUCUGUAAAGAAUAAGUUCUCUUCAAAUUUUCAGAGAACCAGAAUUGAUUAUUACUAUCUCUCGAAACAUUGUAUAGUAUGUGGGCAGUUGGUCCAGGCUUCAGCACGUUUGUGUAGUCAAUGCUCCAAAAAUGAAGCAGCUGCUGCAACAGCAGUGAUUAGUAAAACUUCUAAGUUGGAGCAAGAGAUGCAACAUCUUGUUGCUAUAUGUCACCACUGUGGCGGCGGUGAUAGGCUUCUCGAAAGUGGGGUGAAGUGCACGUCCAUUGCAUGCACGGUGUUCUAUGAGAGGCGGAAAGUUCAGAAAGAAUUAUUAGCUGCCACUGAUGUCGCUGCAGAGAAAGGCUUCUAUCCGAAAUGCACGGUAGAAUGGUUCUAAUUUCUAAAAACUGAAAUUGGUAGGGGUCUGCUGCUGCUGCCGGCACUACUGCCGUGUAUAUAUUUUCUUCUGUAACUAACUCUGUAUUUUCACCUUCAUUUCUCCUUUUGAGUUGUAAUUCUAUGUUCAUUCCAUGUAACCCAAGAGAAACAUGUAUAUUUGUUCUUUUUGUAAUCACCGAUUUGUAAAGCUCACAGAAGAAUAAAUUAACAAUCAAAUCGUAUUGUUUUUGUAAUA